CUUUUUCAAGUCAAACUCCUUCAAAAAUUGAGGGAUUUGCAUGCAUCUGAAAACAGAGGCAUGAUCCAAAAAGCUGAGUAUUUCUUUCUUCGGCCAUCAAGGAACUUGCCAUUCCAGAAGUAAGCAGCGCACUCGCUCCAGUGACAGUUCCGGAUGCAGAUCCUGAUGCAGAUCCAGAUGCGGCAAGAGCGCUGCUGCCAAUGCCACCCUUGUUGUUCCUUUUCUUGUACGAUGUACUGUACUGCAUGGCUGCCAAAAGAGCGGUGUCGUGCCUCGGACGUGAAAGAAGCUCUCCACCAAAGUUGUGCACGAACGAUUGCCGAAAAGAUUGAAUCGAAUCAUUGCUUGCCGAAAAGAUUCACGAGGCGGUUCGAACACGGUAAAGGUCUUGAUUCGAUUCACUAACGGAUCAUGACUGCGAAAGCCAAAGAUCCAAUAUCUUUGCCCUUGAAAAUGGCCGUCCUUCGAGAAAUUCUCAAUCCCAAAGCUCAAAUCUCAAAGAUCUCACAAUGAUGGCCUGAUUGCCUCAACAAUGUCAUCUUCCCACCUCCAUGUCCGUCGAAAGAAGCACCAUCAUGCCACUUCCAAUGUUCCACCACAACCACCACCCACUAUCCUACACGAUGGUGUACCAAAGAGUACGAAUCAUGGACGGCGAAAUCAAGGUUGGAUCGUUGCACUGAUCAGCGUGGUCGUUGCCUGGAUGCUGCUAUCCACCCGAAUCCUACUACCUCCAAAAGAAGAAGAAGAGACGCCACUGGCGACGAGUGACUUUGCGUUGGACACGGAUACUCGUGAUAGGGGAACAUCAUCACCUUGCCAAAUGAAACCAACUCGGUUUCGAACCAACAAUCUGGUCAAUCCUCUGGCGUUGGAAGACGAACAGCCCGUGUUCUCGUGGGCGUUGGCGCUGCACGACGACAGCUCUACUACUUCAUCAACAAGCCACUAUCAAUCUGCCUAUCGCAUCCGUUGCAUCCUACAACAAUCUCCUUCUUCCCAAGAAGAAAUAUUGUGGGACAGUGGAAAGAUCCAGAGCCAAGAGACGCUCCAGAUUGAAUUCGCGGGAAAGCCUCUGCAAUCGAUUCAACGAGUUCAGUGGCAAGUCCAAGUAUGGGAUCAACACGAUCAAGAGUGUUCUACCAAUAAUGGACAAGAGCCAUGGCCUUUUUUCGAGACGGGAUUACUCGACGAAGCAGCUUGGCAACAUGCUCCUUGGAUUGCUCGCUAUCCUCCCCACAUUGCAGCUAAAAGCACAAGAGCCAAUGCCCGUCUCUGCGAUAUGAUGGCCGAGACGCCAGAGAAUCAGGCUCCUCGGUUUCGGACCACACUACAAGGAAUUGAGGAGGAGUAUGCAGAGAUUCGAGCCUAUAUUGUGGGCUUGGGAUACUAUCAGCUCUACAUGAAUGGACAACGAGUCGGUGAUUCCCUCCUCGAUCCAGGUUGGACCACCUACUCCAAGCGAGUGUUUUACAGUGCCUAUAAUGUCACGGCGCACUUUCGUCGUCAAUCAUCUGUUGCUAGUAUUGCCGUGGAGUUGGGAAAUGGAUGGUGGAAUCCCCUUCCGCUGAAUCUGUGGGACAAUCCCAAACUCAAUUUGCGCCGCAAUCUCGUACAAGGCUUUGACAACACGCAACCCAUCUUUCGAUUGCAACUCUUUGGAUGGACACGGGAUGGAAGAGUGAGAUCUCUUUUGGGGGAUGAUAACAACCACAUUCGUCCAUGGAGAGCCAGUGGGUCUCCCACUACCUUUAACAAUAUCUUUUUGGGCGAAGUGUACGAUGCUCGAUUGGAACACCUUUACGAGGGUUGGACGACCUUGCAAUACCACAAUCAUCAUGUUUGGGAACGAGCCGCGGGGCUUCCAGCCCCAACCUUGUUGGGCAAGUUGCAAGCCCAACCGAUCCCACCCAUUCGACGACAACGAACCUUACAAACGACUUUACUCUCGACCAGUCCAGGUCAGAACAACACCAAUGUGCUGCUCCUAGAUACAGGAGUAAAUCAUGCCGGGAGCUGUCGCAUUCAACUACUGCAAGGAGGAAAUACCUACAUGUUCCAAGAGUUGGUGGGACAACAAAUUCAAUUGCUCUACGGAGAACUCCUGCACAAGAAUGGGACGAUCAAUGGAAGAACCUCUGUGGUUGGACAGCUCAAAAAACGCUCCGAAACCAAGUGUCAACCGGAUAUUGCGUAUCAGCAAGAUAUUAUUACGCUCGGUGACAAGCCUCUGGAUUGGACUCCUUCUUGGUCAUGGCAUGGCUUUCGCUAUAUCCAAGUGACAUUGCCAGCGGCCAUUCAUUAUUCAAAACAUUUCCAAGUGGACUGUUUUACCAUGAGGACCGACGUGGACGUCAUUGUCUCGAAUUUCACGAGCAGCGAUCCUUGGCUAGACGAAUUGCGAACCUUGGUGCGCAAUACCUUUGAAUCCAAUUUAAUGAGUGUCGAGAGUGAUUGUCCCCAUCGAGAGAGAUUCCAAUACGGUGGCGACCAGCUGGGGGCGGGGGAGGCUGGAAUGUCCAUUUACGAUUGGUCCAGUUUUCUACGAAAACGGGUAUUGGAUUACAACGAUGCCCAGCGUCGAGACGACAACAACAAACUGACAGGCUUUACGGAAACCGCGCCCUAUGUUGGCAUUGCCGACAAGGGUCUUGGCUUUGGAACUGGGCCGAUUGGAUGGCAGACGUUUCAGCCAGAAGCGUUGCUUUGGUUGUACAAGUACUAUGGGGAUAUCAAGACUUUGAGAGAGAGUUUUCCCCACACACAGGCAUACAUUGAUUUGCUAGACAAUCACCAGACAGAUGGAAUUCAGAAUGGUUUGGGAGAUUGGAUGCCGGUUCAUGUGACCGAUGUCAAUUUUACUGGUUUGGGCUUUCAGAGAAUGUCAUAUUUGGCCUUUGCCAACAUUACCGAAAUCCUGGGCAUGUCUCCGGGCAUUGCUACGCGAUACAGGAUGAAGGCAGCAAAUGUUGCAGAUCAAAUCAACAAAAGGUUCUUGCAAAAGGCUGGUAUUACAUUUGACAGGAUUCUUAGCUUUCUGGGGUUUGGUGGAGCUGGAAUGACCGGGGUCUAUCGUGUUGAAACUGUGGGCCAGGGUGAAGCAAUUAAACGGACUGGUAAAGCCACACAAACGGGCCAAGCAAUGGCCCUGUUCAAUGGUUUCGUUGAAUCCAACCAGGAUCUUAAAAGGCAUGUCCUGCUUCAACUUGAGAAGAACGUACGGGAAUCGUCCUAUAUCGAGAAGGCUUGCCAAUGCGACAACACAUCCUCCUUUGAGCCCGAAUGUUCCGAAGCACGUGGAGGGCCUGGCCCGCAUAUGACAGCAGGGCUCUUCGGAGUAAAGUGGUUCCUCAUGGCAUUGGCAGAUGGCGGGCUGAACGAUUUGGCUUAUGAUGUUGUGACCACCAAGUCCUAUCCUGGGCUUCGCUGGAUGACCAACAACCCCUUUUCGAACGCGACAACCAUUUGGGAGAGUUUCUUUUUCUCAGACGACACGUACUCUCACAAUCACCCCAUGUUUGGCUCCACGGAGGUCUGGCUUCUACAAUCUGUGGUAGGAAUCCAGCCCCAUCCUUCCGCUCGUGGCAUGAACCAUGUACUCAUACGGCCCAACCCACCCUCUCAACUGAAGCAUGCCUCCGCUUCCUUUGAAAGCCCAAGAGGCACAAUCUUCGUCUCCUGGAAAAGGGAUACGCAUGAGUCCUUCCAGCUUGAAGUAUCAAUUCCUCCCAACUGCCAUGCCACCGUCCAUGUUCCAGCGUCGGAGAGAGCAACGGUUACACAGAAUGGCAGAGAGGCUGCUGGUCGAUGGGUCCCUACUUUGGCGUCAUCCGAUCGUGGGUCGUUUGUUGUGGACCGAGUUGGCAACGGGCGUCAUGAAUUUGACUCUAGAAUUCGAGAGAGCAGAACAAGCUAGCAAUAACUUUGUGGGCGGAGCCCCAAGCUUGGCGCCGCGGUGGUUGUUCAAUGCUCUUGAAAACGCCUGCACGUUUGUGGAUUUUCUGCUGCCAAGGUGCGGACCCCAGAGGUGCAGAGAUUUUGCCACCAGGGUGCGGAGCCU